GACUUCCGGUACUCUGUGCAGCUACGAGAAAGCGAAUCACGUUGUUUCCGUCAUUAAAUUACUGAUUUCGUUUGGUAAAUGCGAUGGACCCGAGCUGUGAACGCAAAGCCCUGGAAAUGCAAUUAAAGGGCCAUGAUAUCGAAGAUGAUGAUAUCGAGGGUAGUAACGAGGAGGAUUUUACUCUGGAAGAAGUUCUACGUUUAGGAGGGACUAAGCAAGACUACGUUAUGCUUGCUGGUUUGAAAGAAGUAGAUGUCAUGGUGGAUGGCGGUACAAAAGGUGGCGGCAUUUCUGACUUAGAAGAUGGUGAACUAAAAGCUUUCAUUGACAAGCUAGGCUUACACAAGUUCUCUCCAAAUCUUAUGUGGAAUGAAAAUGAUGGGGAAACAAAGAAUAUGAAGGACACGGAAAAGGACAUAGCGGAAAGGCAUAACGUAAUCAAAAUAAAUACAAUCGCAACAGACCCAGAUUUUAGUAAAGUCAAGGAUAAAAAGAAAGUAAAUACCACAGAGAAAGAAGGUAUUUCCAAUUCAAUGUCAAAAAGUAAAAGAAUACCAUCAUUUGAAUUUAUAGAACGCUCAACACUACUGAUUAAACCAGGUGGAAAGUGGUAUGACCAUGAAUACACAAGGGAAUUCAGUUCACAGCCUCAAAACAAUGAUGAUGUUCAAAAGUAUAAAUAUUUAGCAGAAAAGCUAUUCGCACAUGAAGUGAGUUUGUAUAAAAACAAGAAAGAACUCCAGAAAGGAGCUAAUUCUGCUUGGAUGAAAACAGUUGUCUCAACAGGGACAUUGACUGACAGAAUGGCUGCUAUGACUGUUCUCCUCCAGGAUGCUCCUGUGCAUACACUUCAAUUUGUUGAAAACUUAGUCAACUUGCUGAAGAAGAAGGGUAGCAAACGACAAAACCUUAUGGCUCUUGAUACAUUAAAGGAUCUACUUCUUUCUGACCUUUUACCAGAUAAUCGCAAACUUCAUACUUUCUCAGAACAUCCAUUUAAUAAACUGGAAGAAAUUUCCAGUGGGAACAGAGAUGCAAGGGACCGAAGGCUCAUAUUCUGGUACUUUGAAGAACAGCUGAAACUUCAAAUAGCAGAGUUUGUUAAAGUACUGGAAAUUUUAUCGCAUGACAGCUUGAUUGCAACAAAGGCAAAGUCUCUAAAUGUGGCCUAUGAGCUGCUGUGUAACAAACCCGAAGAAGAAAAAGCUCUUCUAGUGUUGUUGGUCAAUAAAUUAGGUGAUCCUCAGUACAGGAUUGCUACAAAAGCUUCAUAUUUGAUUGAAGUAUUACUCACUAAGCAUCCAAACAUGAAAGGAGUUGUGUGCCUGGAAGUUGAAAGACUGCUGAAUCGCCCCAAUAUCAGUGAAAAAGCACAGUAUUAUGGCAUUUGUUUUUUAAACCAAAUCAUUUUCACUCAUGAAGAAGUAGAUUUGGCAAAUCAACUCAUAAUGUUGUAUUUUAGCUUUUUUCGGGCUUGCAUUAAAAAAAAUGAUAUAGAUUCAAAGAUACUUCGAGGUUUAUUGACUGGACUAAAUAGGGCUUAUCCUUAUGCACAAAUUAGUAAUGAAAAAGUGAAGGAACAGCUUGAUACCCUUUUCAAAAUAGUGCAUACUGUGAACUUUAAUACUGCAGUACAAGUCCUGAUGCUACUCUUUCAAGUUAUGGACUCCCAGCAAACUGUAUCAAGCCGAUUCUAUGCAACUUUAUAUAGAAAACUACUGGAUCCUGGCUUAUCGCAGUGUUCAAAACACACAAUGUUCCUUAACCUUCUCUACAAGUCUAUGAAAGCUGAUGUCAUGCUGAGGCGUGUAAAAGCAUUCGUCAAGAGAUUAUUACAAGUUGCUUCUUGUCAGAGGCCAUCUUUUAUAUGUGGAGCAUUAUUUCUUAUAUCUGAGAUUUUGAAAAUAAAGCCAAGGCUAAGAGUUCUUCUACAGGAUAAUGGGGAAAAUGAAGACGAAGAAGAACACUUCAGUGAUUUACCAGAUGAAGAUGAUGAAGAGGAAAAAAAUACUGAUAAAAAAGCACCUGGAGGCAAAAUUACUACUCAGUCGUGGAUACAUCAGAAAACUCUCCAGGGAUUAAAUAGUUUCAACAGUUACGAUCCUUCAAACAGAAAUCCAUUAUUUUGUGGAGCAGAUAACACAAGUCUGUGGGAACUGAAAAAGCUUUCUGAACAUUUUCAUCCAUCCGUGGCACUGUUUGCAAAAACUGUCUUAGAGGGAAAUCCAAUUCAUUAUACAGGCGAUCCUUUGCAAGAUUUCACACUGAUGCGAUUCCUUGAUCGAUUUGUGUAUCGCAAUCCAAAACUACAGAAAGCGGGAGAAAACAGAGGAUACUUGAUGCACCAGAGAAAGAAGUUAUACAUGAAUCAAGAGAAACAACCAGUGAACAAUGCUAAGUUCAUUGAAAAAGAAGAAAUGGAGGUACCAGUAGAUGAAGUGUUUUUUCACAGGUACUUCAAAAAGAUAUCAAACGAGAAACCGAUUAAACAGAAUGAAGAGGAAGAUAAUUUAGAAGAUGUAGACGAUGAUGAAUUUGAACAGAUACUUGAUACACUUGAAGGUGACCGCUUUUGCACAACAACAGAUACUGAUUUUGCUGGAAAUCUUAGAGCAAAUGAAAAAAAAAUGAAGAGCACUUCAGAAAACGAUGAUUCUGAUUCAGAUUGGGAUGUUGACUGUGAAGAUGAUGAAGUUUCAUUGGAUAGUAUGUGUGAAGAAGAUUUUGAAGAUGGCAGUGGUGGUCUUUUUAUGGAUCCUUCAGAUGAGCAUGAUGAAUAUCCAGAACCAAAGAAAACCAAGAAGAGACGUGUAAAAGAAGACGUGUUUGCGGAAGAAGAGUUUGGAGUCCUGUUGGAUGAAAAUUCAGGAUCAAAUACUGGAUUAAAUGCAGUUGCAAAUAAGGAUAAUGCAAGUGUUAAGCAGCUGAAGUGGGAAGCAGAAAGAGACAACUGGGUGAAAGACCGAAAGGCCAACAUUAAUAAAAGGAGGAAAUGUACCAAAAAACAGAUUAAUAAGAAAAAAUAAAUCUCCAUUAUUUCAAA